UAGAUUCUCCAAUUCUCCGUGAAGGCGGCACUUUUCCAGGGAACAGUGAGAGUUAUGUAGCGGUAAUUUUAGCUAAUCUCCGUCCUAUUUAUUGCUUAAUUCAUUAUGAACUUCUUUUUAAGGACGAUAACUUGCUUCUAUAUGUGACACAGUGAAUAACCGGCUGUAUUUUUUGCAAAGUGAAGACGGGUAACAAGCUGCUUGUUUUUGUUAAAAUGCCUGCGGAGAUUAAACAGAGAAAGAAAACGCAUAUUCUAAAGCAGAACGACGAAAACCUGCAAAAUUCAGGAUGUCCCACAAACGGCCAGGAUGAAAGGCAAAAAGCGAAAACGGAAGACGGGGAGAACCGCGGAGCAGCUAAAACUAAAACGUCCUCCGGUCCAGACCUGAAAGCUUUGGUGUGUUUACUGUCGCUGGCAGUCAGCGGAGUUCUCAGCUGGGCGGUGUUGCAACAAAACGAGAGGUUUUCUCUCAUGGAAGAAAAGUACAGGGCUCUGCAAAGGAAAACGUCCAGCCUGUUGGACAUGGAGGAAGAGAUGGUUCAAGUGUCCAAGAAGCUCGCUGCGUCCGAGGCCGACCUCCAGGAGGCGCGCGCUGCCGCCUCCACCGCGGCCAGACUCCAGCGGGACAUCUCCGCGCUCCACGGCGUCGUCGUGGCGAUGCAGGACGACGAGAACUCCGCCUCCCGCGACCUGCAGGCGGUCAACGCCCGCUUCCUCAACGUGACGGAGACCUGGCAGGAGCGGCUGGCCGCCGUCUCCUCCGACCUGGCGGCGCUGAAGGCGGAGACCCGGGAGGCCCACGGCGGGGCCACGGAGCGGGUGAACGAGGCCGAGCAGCGGGCGCGCGCGCUGGCGAAGCGGCUGGAGGAGCUCGAGGACAGCACGAAGAGGAAUGCCCGGGUUCUGGAGCGCACGGAGGAGGAGGACGUCCAGCGGGCGCAGGAGCAGCUGGACUGGAACACCCGGCAGAUCCAGAAGCUGCAGGAGCAGAUGGGCAGCCUGACCAGGAGGGAGGCCGAGCUGCGCUCCGAGCUCCAGGAGUACGUCCCGCGCGCGCAGCAGUGCGAGGAGCACCUGCCGCAGGUGGAGGAGGCGGUGCGCUCCAUCCUGAAGCUGAGCGGGGAUCUGAGCGGGGCGGAGAGGAGGCUGGAGGAGGUGACGCUGCAGGUGUUCGGUACCGAGGACAGCAUGCUGAAAGCUCUGAACCAGAUCCUGGAGAUGAGGCGGGAGCUGGACACGCUGCAGGCCCAGAACAGCAUCCUGAGGAUGAAGGACGAGCUCUCCGUGGUCAAGGAGGCGGUCCAGGAGCUCACCCUGGUGCUGAGGGGAACCAGGGAGGAGACCCAGAGGGACCCUGGCACUUUGGAGGAGGAGGAGGAGGAGGAGGAAUGGAAAGAUGAAGAGGAUGAGCCGUGGCUGGAGGAUGAGCUAAACGGACAGUCUGAACUGAAUAAUGACAUUAAUGAAUGAUUUCUUUGCUUUGUCUUGUGGGUUUUUAGUUAGGUCCAGUGUUUUUUUUUAUUUUUUUAUUUUACCUCAGAAAUAAAACCAGAGAAGUCAUUACCCCCAUUGUUACUGUACGCUACACUGCAAAAAGGGAACUAAACGUAGGUAAAAUCCUCUUGAAAUAAGUGUAUUUUUCUUUGAUUCGAGCUGGUAAAUCAUUCUAUCUGCCAAUGGAAUAAGAUUUUUGUACUUUAAAAUAAGAACAAUUCAUCCCUAUCAUCUUAUUUCAAAUGCAGGAUGUAAAGUUCAAAAACAAGUGCAGCCGGCCUGACUCGCUGCGCCCUCAAAAAUCCCACCAAGUUGUCCAGAUGAUUGGUCCAAAAAAAAUCCAAGGAGACGUUAUUGCAUUUAAAAACGUUUUAGUGAAUAGAUGGGGGGAAAAACAAAAAACAAAAAAUGGUGCCAAACAUACAAAAUAUGAGGGCGACAGAGGUCAAAAAACCAUUUGGCUCCACUCUGUCAGAUCCACAACCAAAAACCCCAAACUCCCAUGAUGCAUCAUCCUUCAAAGGUGACACGUAUGCAUCCUUAAACCAAAAAGUAAUACAAAUAAUAACAAAAUGUCCACAAUGGUUAAAUAUUCAAAUUCCCCAAAUUAAUAUUAAUUACCAAUAAUAUCUAAUAAUUUCAACAAACAAAUAAAUUUAACAAGAAAACUAAACACAAAACAUUACCCAUAAUGCAUACAAAGAAAAUCACAAAAUGUUCAUUCAGGCUCCUACACAUGAUAUCUAAUUAUCCUAUUUUAGGCGUGGAAAUUCUCAUUCCAUCGGCAAAUAGUCUUUUUUUUAGCUGCUCAAAUCAGUGAAAAACAUACUAAUUCUAAGAAAAUUUGACUUACUUUUAGUUCCCUUUUUGCAGUGUAACUGGUUCCUGGCACUGAGACGACAUUUAAUAUCAGCAAUACAGAGGUCGUGUUAUUUUCCAUUUAUUUUUAAACACUGAAAC